CAUAACCUCGCAAAACCAAGAUGCUGAAAUGAAGAAAUCGUUUUAAGCCGCUUUGCACAAUACCGCAGACAUCUCUUUUCUCAUCGCUCUCCAACAGUGUUGUAUGGAUUGUUUUCGUAUUUAGUUUCGACGGAAUAUAUUUUUCUAGCACUUCAUUGCACCAUGACAUCCAAAGAAGUUUGUCCGAUUUUUACCAUUCCUUGCGACCUCGGAAAACGACACGGACUGACUGCUGCUUGGUUCACCGAGGACAAAAUCUCAGUCACCGCCUACAGCAACCAGCUGCUGCAGUCCAUUCAAAAUCGCCCGGCGAAUACUUCGCCGGUCAAUGUGUAUCACCUAACGACAAAUUUUAUCCUGGACGAACCGAUUCUUCGCAGCCUGGUGACCGAAUGCAGCAAUGUUUUCCUCAAUUUGCAAGUUGUGAAAAAUAGUUCCUCGGCCGGCGCAAUUGAUUACAUGAAAAUUUCACGUACAUAUCGAAGCGCGAUCCGUGCUUGCUUGGAAAAGCUACAGGAACUGAUCAGCACGAAGCUUCCGAACGCGGAACAGUACCAGAAUUUUAUCACCAUUCUCUACUCGGUGGAAUGCAUUUGGCAUCUGGUGGAAAUCCUGAUAAUCGACGCGAGUGCGGUUAACGCCGUUGUACCAAAUCUGCUUAGCUGGGUUCGGUUUCAUUUUCCUACCGCGGAGCGAUUGGCGACAGAACUGUUUCAGCAAGGACGCGAAUUAGACUCCAACGAUGACUACUGGCUCGUGUUGAAAGGUUUGAUCGUGCAGGGUCAACUCAACGUCGCUAGGACCCUACUCAAGUUGCACACCAACUCGGAGAGUGAAUGCUUCGAGAUUGCCGAGGAAAUUCUGCAGUCGAUGCCCGUUUAUAGUGUUUACGGUGGGCUAUCGAUACAGAAGUUCAAAUCGCAGCGACAGUACUGGUCGGCAAAUGCUCGGUCCAAGGUUGAUGCGGGCGUGUUUUGCACCGAACCGGAACUGGAAGAAAUUAUUAAGCUUGUGAUCGGUGAUCGUCAAACGUGGACCGAACAAUGCAAGUUCGCUACAUGUUGGUAUGAAUUUUUCCCGGGAUAUCUGUUUUAUAUGGAGUCAACCUGUAAGUACUAUGAACUAGGAACCUUCGCUAACAAUUGGUUGUCGCAAUGUAUCAGCACUGGUGGAAUGAAUCCAACUUACAAAUAUUUGGAUAAAAUCAUCCUCUCGGUGAUGGAAAAUAAUCUGCCCCAAGUAUUGCACAAUGUUCAAAACAUUUGCGAUAACAAGUGGUUCGUUACACAUCUAGUGGAUUUACUGUAUCACUGCGGUCAGCUCACACUUUCCACUGGAGCCAAUGAGGAACAGACAUCCGAGCGAUUGUUCCGGGAGUCUUUACUGUUCGAUUUCGGCUGCCUGCUGAUGUCCCACAAAUCUGGACUGUGGGAGGCUGGUUUGGAUUAUCUGGAGUUUUCGAGCACCGAAGGUUUGGGAGCACGAGAAGCGCUACUGGCAAGAAUUCCGCUGAAGAACGAAAAGCAAGCGAUGAAACUGAUUAGCGUGGCAAAGAAGAAUGGCUUUCAGUCGGUGGAAAGUGAAAUAUGUAAAGUGCUGGUCAAGAGAAAUCUGGCGAAUCGACUGUACGGGAACGCGCUCGAAUGGGCGAUCCGUUCGAGGGAUAGUUUCUACGUGACGGCGGUAGCCAACAUCUUUCUCGAACACUACUGCAACUAUGGGGAGAUAAUGUGCGAGGACGUUAUUUCGAACAUCGGAGCCAAAAUGUUCAUCUCGCCUCGGCUAAUCUUCCUGGUGAAGUACUACGAUUUCUGUCAGUUCUACAGGGAAAGAUCGUUCGCGCAAGCAGCGGAGCUACUCAUCAAUCUGCUUGAUUCGAAGAUUACCCCCAGUUACUUCUGGCCGUCACUCCUAGCGGACACCAUCCCGUUGCUAGAGUACAAGGAACCCGUCGUGCCAACCAAGGAAACGUUCACUAUUCUGCAUCACCUGGAGUGGGAUUUGGUUCCAAUGAUCGAGAAACGCAAGGAACAGCUGAAGAAUGGCAGCAAAAAGUCGGCAUCCGGCGGCAGCGAUGAAAACGACAACGGUGCUGAUGUUGAUAAUCAAGCGCUGAUUUCGAAGUUUUCCUCCAAUCUGCUGAACAACUGCACCGACGAUCUCGUGAAGCUCCUGCGACUGGCGUGUGCACGUAAUCUGUCGCGUGCGUUCAUUAUUGAAAAUACUGUCGCCGAUUAGCGUGUUUCUUAGAAUAAAUCUUUCCUGUUUUGCUUGGUAAAA